AUGAGCAGCCAUGUGAUUGGUGCCCUUCCCUGUCCACGCUCUUCCUCCCUCCUCACUGCCGCAUGUUGGGUGCAUGUUAUCCUAUUCCUUCAGGUAUCUCUCUCUCUCUCUCUCGUAGCCGCGCAUACGAUGUUGUAUACCAUUACACUCGCGCUGCUCACAUUCGCCUCCGCCUUCAUGGUAGCGGACACAGUGGCGAACAUAUGGCAGCUGCUGAACAGCGCACGUGUCGCCCUCAUCUCCUAUGGCGUCUGGAUGGCCGCCCUCACGCUGACAGUAUUGGGCACGGACUGGCUGACGACACUCGGCUUUGUGCACGCGUUGAUCUUCGUCGCAUGCUGGUGGCUUGUCCGCGAUGGGGACAAUCCCGCGCAUUCAUCCCCCAGUCGCGACGACUACGUGCGCUUCCCCGUGAUGGUCUACGUGCCUGCCUUCGUGGUGCUGUACUCCCUUCAGGGUUGGCUACAGUGA